GUUCUGCAAAUCACCCUAGGAUGUCUUUUAAUGAGCAGCAGUGCAAGCAGCCAUGCACGCCUCCUCCGUGUCUUCAGAAGAUCCAAGAGCAGUGCCAGGCAAAGACUGAGGAGGUGUGCCUCCCCCCACGCCAAGACCCCUGCCAAGAAAAGUGCCCAGUGCAAUCUCAGCAGGCGUGUCUUCCUCAGUGCCAGGAGUUAAACCAAGAAAACUGCCCACAGCAAGGCCAAGAUCCAUGCCUACCUCCAUGCCAAGACCAAUGCCCACCUCAGUGUGUGGAGCCAUGCCAGGAGCUAUCUCAGACAAAAUGUGUGGAGGUUUGCCCACAGAAAGUCCAGGAGAAGUGCUUACCCCCUGGCAAGGGAAAGUAGCUGCUUAUAAUGCCAUCUGGGGUCAAGAAGAUGGCCAAGAGAUGAAAACCCAUCCCCAGCCCAUGCAAUGGUGACCUUCUCCUGUGGGUACCUCUGUGUGCACCCUGUUCUUGCCUCCAGACUUCCUCAGUGUUUCAGGACUUGCUCUGUGUCUCUGAAGACAGUUCUUUCUGUAUUUCAUGGACCUCUGUGAAUAAGUAUUGUUCUCAGCAGUCUAGUAGAAAGUCUCAACUGUAGGAAGAUUAUGGUUGUCAGAGGAGACCACAGAAGCCUAGUUCAGCUCCCUUGGGGCAAAAAUUCACCCAUCCCUGGGUGUGUAACAGCCAAGGAUGCCUCCAUUCAUCUUUCAGAGAGUCAGCCUCUCAAUCGAGCCUCAAAACAAACUGAAUUUCAAUGGACUUUGCACUGAUCACUGACUCCCACCAUGGGUGUGGGGAAGAGGUGGGUGGUGUUGCAAAAAUCAAAAAUUGGGUAAUUUUGUCUCUGCUUCCUAAAAAAGAACAGCAAAUGAUUGGAUGGGUUGUGCUUUAAAAAAAAAAAAUGAAACAAAUUAUGUAAAUGAUUGAAUCCCAACAGUCAAUCAGGAAGGAUGAGAUGGAAUGUUUGGGGUCCUGGUUGGUCUUUGUGCUUCACAGCUGGUUUGCUUUGGACCCUUCAUUUCUGCCGUGUACAUUCUUUAGAGAUGCGAUUUGUGUAUGUGUGGUGCAGGCUGGUCUGCUCUCCAGCUUCCUUGCCUUCUUCUCCCUGGUGAAGGUAAAAUACAGAAUAAAGCUGAUCCUAAAGCUGA